GGGAAGGAAGGGCCUGGGUGGGACAAGGUGCCGAAGGGUAUGUCCCCUUGGAUUGUAUAUUCUGUGCUGAAAAUUCAUCAGCUCCCACAAGACCUCCCUGUUGGCUGCCACUGGCCAGUGUCUGUCCCUCUGCCCACGUCAAAGGCUACUGUGCACUUACCCCUUCAUCUCCGUAGCUAUGGGUGUGGCAGUGCGGUUCUUCAGAUUCGUUAAGCAGAUUUGGCAAAAGAUGACCUGUUGGGUUGUGUUCUGGAGAUGCCAAAUGAAGCAGACCAUCUUGAAACAUGCUGGCUUUAAGAAACGUGUGUUGAAGGAGGUGGGGAAGUCUCCCCCCCAUCGGGAGGCCUGCAAGCUGACUAAGUCUCCUGGAGAAGCUAAGCUCCCCAGGGAACAGCAGUCCUCCAAGGUGGCUGAGGCUUGUGUGCUGGCCAGUCCCACAGAAAGGACCCAGAUGGGGCUGGGCCCUGAGAGCCGUUCCCUGCUGCGUGCACCCCGGACAGCUGUCCGGUCAGCAUCCAUGAUCAUGUUCUCUGCUCUGCAGUCCAGCUGGCACAUGUGCCGUUGGAAGUCAACUGUCAGCUCGGCCUCCGUUUCCUCCCAAGUGAGGACUUCGUCCCGCCUGGACACACCUGAGGCUGAACUGCUGCGGGAAGUGUACCUGGUGCUGUGGGCCAUCCGGAGGCAGCUGCGGCACCUGGCCCACCGGCAGGAAAGGCACAGAAGCUACCACGUCAGGACCCACUCUUCUGCCUUGGGGGAACCAGUGCUGGAACUAAAGAAGGAUGCCCGAAGUCCCCUCUAAGGGCCCCUCAUUCAAC